AGUAACAUCCAAUGAGUACUCUCCACCCCGACUCCCUCGCCAUCAAACCCACCCACUCCGUGGGACCCUUCCGUACGUAUCCUUCAUCUGAUAUCCCUCCUAGGUUGGAACCAACAAAGCACCACACUUUGAGGUGGCCGCCUACGAUAGAUGUGUCUAAUAGCCCGUAUUAACACCUCAGAAUUGGGCCAGUCACUCUACGAAACUAUACACUACCUUCAGCGGACCGUCCACGAUGCCUUCAAACUCACCUACUCACACAGAGAUAUCUUGCAAACGCCAAUUGUCAUCUUCUGCCCUUUGCUCAAACUUCGCCUUACAUUCGAGCCGUUCCACCAGAAGCUCAUCCUUGUAGAGAUUCUCCUCGAAUCCGCUGAAAGCGAAACCACGGUCAAUUUCACGUAUAACGCCCAUUGGAUUACACCCAAACCCUCGUUCGCAAAGAUCUAUAAUAAGAUCUUUGGACCGACGUUUCCGGGAAAACUCAAUGCCGCGCAAAAGACGUACAUUUUGUCGUAUCCCGGCAUCUCCUUCAAGUUUAACUUGGAUAGCGUGGGGGAAAAAGCCUGGGAGCAGCUUAAGGCCUCCCAGACCGAUCUCAACUUGUUGAACGUUGAUAUUAAUCAUAACCAGGUGUUGUGCAGUUCUAUAUCCGUCUACCAUGGCGCCCAGUCCUGGGAGAGGUUUGCCGAAUCGUUGCAAUGUAUUCUGAAGAAUGUGGUGCACUCAGCUAGUGCGGGAUCCCCGCUUGCUACCCUCAUCAGACCGCUAAACGGGUCGUCGCGCUUGCAGAAACUCUAUGUCAACUUGCCAAUGGGGCACGCGAGGUUUGUCUUCCAGGACGGCCACGACACCACCUUGGUUCUCGGCUCCACCACGCAGCAGGAGGUUCUAGCCCGCUUGGGCCCGCCAGAGGAGGCUUUUAGGAAGGCUCAUUCCUCUGGAUUGCUUAUCCACCAGUUGGCCAAUGGCCCCGCACCAUCCACCCCGCGCGGCGAGUUUCCCCUGCUGGAGGCGAAGGUGUUCCACAACUACUUCAGGUAUGGCUGCGACUUGAUGUACGACACCUCGUGCGACGCCAGCUCUGGAGGCUCGCCUGUCUUGAAGAAGAUUGUGCUUCACAGUGGAGUCGUAGACAGCUUGGACUUUAUGCGCUGGGAAAAGUGCAAUUGGUGCAUCUGGGACCCCAAGGGAACCCUAUCGCAGUACAACUUGCCAGAGACGGCGUUUGAUUGGGUUGAGGAAGGUGCUCUGCAAUAUAUUGUAAACUCGGAGAUGUAUUUCGCGGAGGUGGCGGUGAACGGUACGGGGGCCAAAAAGCCGAUCUUGUUAGACCGCAACGAGACUGAGUUUAUCCAUGACUUGGAGAUUAUCGAUUCCAGUGAAUACUUGUCGCAGGGAGAGAGAGAAUCUGUGGGGUGGGAGGUGGAAGACGAGCGCACAAAGAACUGGGGCCAGACCAUGUUGUAUGGUUCGAGGCGGUGCAUCUGGGAGGUGCUCAUCUCGAAUGAUAGCAUCAGUUCGGUGGUUGUGUUCUAGCGGGAGGGCUCUCGGGUGCUUUUCUUUUAUACAGUUUAUUACAUUUCGUUUCUGGAGUUUGCGGUACGAGACGAAUCUACUCGUAAAUGGGAUAAGCAGGGGUGCUCCAACCCAGAGAAGAUAAAGAGGUCUACGUGGGGUAUGUCAAGAGAAUGGGUUAUAUAACACACGUACUAUAGUAAAUUAAAUUCGUAUAAGAGGAGUAAAAAAAAAAUACCUAUUCUUCCGUUAGGAGGUGCACCACAUAUGUUAUCAAUCUUUUCUCUGGCAUGAUAAAGAAACAGCG